GGAUGAUCCGUACCGACCGUACGUAGUAUGGAGUAUAUACUUGUGAUAGUAACUGAGUAUUAAUUACAUUAUUUUGUGCAAACACCCAGAAAAAUUGCUAUCCCAUCAAGUGAGGCGACAAAAAUAAAGAGAAAUAUAAUGACAUCCAUUUUGCACAUUCAGUUGUUGAACACAUUUUGGACUGAAAUUUUAAAAUGGGUAGCUAAUUAUAAUGAGUAAUUCUAUUCACAGUUGCACAUUUGCUAAUCACACACACAUACUUCCGGAAAAGAUAAAUGCUUUUUUAUAAUUCCUAUUAUGUCCUCUCAAUUAAACGCAGACCGAAUCGAUUUAUUUUGAAACUUCUACUCACAUACCACUGCACUACCGCGGCCGCUAAUGUUGCAGUCUGUUUUUUCACAACGAAGAAGAAGAUGAAGGAUUAGACUGAUUUUGUAGAAGCAAUGGUCUAAAAUACAACAAAGUGAUUCAUUAUUUUCAUGCAUGAUAUAUAUCAUUCUCCUUCGAUCUUGUUCUGUAGAUGGUUCCAUGGGAUCAAUCCAACAAAGUGAUUCACGGUGAUGAAAGUUUGGUGCUUAGUCUGAUUUCCCUUAUUUUUUCAAGGUGAAGCUCGAAUUAAAAUGGUAGUUCACUCAAGUCUCUUUAUCCAUGAAAAUAUGUAGAUGUGCAGCCCGCUGAAUAGAUUUUGGUUUACUGAGGCUUUGAACUUUGGUCUCCUCUUUCUCCUUUGUUUCAUGCAAAAGACAGAAUUGGAGCAUCAAAUGUCCAUGAAAAGGUGAAAUUGAUUUAUUCAUUAAAAGGUCCUUUAAUCUUCUUGAUGGCAGAACGAGAAGGGUCGUUGUAUUAGGAGAUAUUCUUGAUGGAAGAAGCGCAGAGAAGGAUGCCGAUGAUGCAUCGUCCACAUUAUUAAUCCGUGAAUUGUUAUAUACUCCGGAUAUUUGAAAUUAUUGUUUUAUUAAAAUUUAAUUACGUGGCUGCAAUUAGUAAUUAUGUGGCUAUGAAUAGAAUUACCCAAUUAUAAUUUAUAACCAUUUUCAUUAAAGGAGGAAGGGGAGGCCUCGUGCCUAGGGUUGGUGCGGCGAUUUUAUCGAUCGUCCGCGUUUUUCCUUCUCGUCGUACGGCAAUAGCGCAUCAAACGGCGGCUGUGGAAGAUCGAAGCUGGAGUUCGGUGACUUGGGAGAACGAUAUGAAGCAGAAUGGCACCAAUGGAGUGGACGCACUUGCCAACGCCUAUGGAAUGUUGGAUCUGGAGGAGGAGGACGAAAUUCUCGUGGUCGCACCAAUGAUUCAGACCUCAGCGAAACUCAAUUGGACUAUGGUGGGGACCAUUACCUCGGAAAAGUCGGUACGUUUUUCCCAAUUUCGAGAUAUUAUGGCGUCCGUGUGGAAACCGAAAAAUGGUGUUUCCAUAACUGAAAUUGGUUCUAGGAGGUGUUUUUCAGUUUUAUAAUGAGGAAGAUGUCACUAGGGUUGUGGAGGAAGGUCCGUGGCUUUUUGAUCAAAACUUAAUUGUUAUGAGUAGGCUUAAAGAGGGUGAUAUUCCCAUGUCUGUUCCACUCAAUAAAGCAGAUUUUUGGGUCCAAGUUCAUGAUAUCCCAGUGGGAUAUUUCACUACUGAGAAUGCGGAACGCAUUGGGAAUUUUUUAGGAAUCUUUAUAAAAGUUGAUGAUAAUAACUUUUCUGAGAAUUGGGAAUCCUUUAUGAGGAUUCGCGUUUGUAUUGAUCUGGGGAAACCUCUGAAAAGGAAAUUGGUUUUGCAAAAAGAGGAAGGAGUCACUUUCCGUGUCAGGUUUUGCUAUGAGAAGCUUCCUAGUUUUUGUUUCCUGUGCGGAAUAAUAGGACAUGCGGAAAGCCACUGUCCACAUAAGCAGCGGGGCUACGAAGUCACUGGGGAAAGACCGUUUGGUCCAUGGCUUAGAGCUACAAAAGGGGCAAAGCAAUGGAAGGAGAAUAAAUGGCUUGUUCCAGCAGGGAAAGGAAUCAGUUCUGAUAACAAGGCUACCAGUGCAAACAAAGAGGACGACAUGCGACCAAGUACUGGGGAGGGCGGGCUUUCACCACACGAGAGGGGAUACAUUGAGCAGAAGCGAAGACGUGUGGAGGAUCCAGCAGUGCACUAGAACGGGGAAGAUAUGGAGAUGGUUCAGAACGAAGGAAAAAAUGGGGAGGAGGCGAGCUACAAAUCUGUAGCUCGCCAAGCAAUGCAGUAAGAGACACUGAUCCGCAGCUUCUAAAAUUAAAUAAGGCCGAGGGCCAUGAAGACUUUUUUAUUUCUUGUUGUUUUUCCUUUUAUGGUACUCAUGUUGCUUUUGUUUUCGUUUGGAACUCUAGUGGUAGGUUGGGGUUUACCUUUUAUUUUUUGAUUUGGGAUUCUAAUGUUGGUG